GUUCUUUCUGAAUAGCUCACUCGACUCAAAGCCCGCAAUCAUUGUUCACGAGAGAAUCAAACGAAAUGGUCAAGACAACGAUCAAGCUCGGAGGGUCUGCCUCGAAUGUCACUGUGGCCAAAGUCGGGCAUGGCUUGAUGAUGAUGACAUGGAAGCCCAUACACGCCCCGGACGAACAAUGCUUCGAGGCUAUCAAGGCCAGCUUGGACAGUGCGCCUCCAGGUGCCAAGAUGCUCCUGAACAGUGGUGAAUUCUACGGGGAAGUCUCGCACAUGAACGCGAACUUGGAACUUUUGGCUCGCUUCUUCGAAAAGAAUCCCAGCUAUGCCAAUAAAGCGUUCCUCGCUGUCAAGGGAGGAACAAAGGCUGACAGUCACGCCACCGAUUGCUCGCCCGAGAACUUGAGGAGAAGCGUGAACAACAUCAAUGCGAAGCUCCGAGGCACAAAGACACUUGACAUAUUCCAACCAGCUCGCAUCGAUCCCAACUUCACUGUCGAAGAUCAAAUGAAGACCCUGGCUACGCUGCAGAAGGAAGGCAAAUUUGGUCAUAUCGGCCUUUCAGAGUGCAGUGCUGCGUCUGUGAGGCGCGCGAACGCUGUGGUUCCCAUCACAUUUGUUGAGAUCGAGGUUAGCCCAAUGUCUUACGGGAAGGAGGCGAAAGAAGUCAUCGCCACCUGCGCUGAGCUGGGCAUCACUGUUGGCGCGUACUCUCCUAUGGGCCGAGGCUUCUUGACCGGCAAGAUCACGAAAGCUGAAGACUUCGAUGAGGGCGACCACCGCAGGCACUUCACUCGCUUCAAGAAAGAGAACAUCGAGCACAACUUCGCCAUCGUUGACGGACUAAAGCGCAUUGCUGAUUCUAAAGGAAUUACUACUGGCCAGCUUUCGAUUGCUUGGGUCAGUGCGCGCGGGCCGCAUGUUUUGCCCUUGCCUGGGUCAUCUCACAAGGACCGCACACUCGAAAACCUGCAGGGUGCGGACGUCGCAUUGACGUCCGCGGAAUUGAAGGAGAUCGACACCAUCUUGGAAACUCACCCCGUUGCUGGAGGACGAUACAUUGACGGAAUGGAGACACGUUUCAAUCUCUGGGGCUGAGUGCAGCGUCUGGGUGAAGUCAAGCGCGUCGUGAAGUGGGUCGUGCCUCAGAAAGACAGUCAUAUGGAUGUAUAUGUUGCCGUGGCAGUUGAAGCAUUUAGUCCAUGUUUGUUUCAUAUAUACUAUGUAGUGAUCGACAUGUUCUUCCUCAAGGCGCAGAUCAAGUUAAAUGCAAGCAAAAUACGGAGGGGUUAGCGCAU